UUAUAACCAGUCUUAUUCCGAGUGUCAGAACGUCAGGUAAACGGUCUUGAAAAAAUUUCAGAAUUGUUAUCAUUGUCCGCUACUGCAAUGAUAUUCUGAAAAUCAAUUACCCUGUGUUUUUUAGUGUUUUUCUUAUAAGUAUAAAGUUACUAUUGUUGUUUUAGAGUUUAUUUUUAUAAUUAUAAAGUUAAUAUGGUGCAAAAUACAAUAUUUGGAUCUUCAAGAAGCAUAAGUUUUUUAAUUAUUAUACAAGUUGUUUUGUUAUCACUAGGCAAAGGUGUAAAUAGUCAUUUCGGAUACUCGGAGUCAAAUCAAAGGAGAUGGGGAAAACACCAUGGUCAUUGCUUUGGAAAAUUACAAUCCCCAAUUUCGGUCCAACACAGCAAGGCCGUCCCUUUGCAUAUGCCUGCUAUUGACCUUAUCGGGUAUCACAACCUACUGGCACACCCUCUCAAGCUAAUGAAUAAUGGCCACACAGUUUCAAUUACAAUACCGAAGUUUUCCCAAAAAGAUAUUGAGAAUGGGGAAGUAAAUCCUUAUAUUCGGGGUGGUAAGUUGCCCGGUGAGUUUGAGGUUGAGGGUGUACACUUCCAUUGGGGUGAUAGAAACAAUAGAGGCGCCGAACAUGUGAUAAAUGACAUCCGAUACACAAUGGAAAUGCAUAUUGUUCAUCGAAAUAAAAAAUACGAACUUUUAUCUGAUGCGUUGCAACAACGAGAUGGGGCGGCAGUUUUAGCAUUCUUUUUUAUGUUAGAUGAUUCUGACCAUGAGGGCUUAGCUGCAAUUAGCAAACAUUUACCACUUAUAGAAAAUACAAAUGAAUCAGUUUAUUUGAACACAACUUUCUCCUUAUCAUCGCUAAUGUCAAAAAUUGAUUUGGAUAAAUUCUACACCUACAGAGGAUCUUUAACAACGCCACCCUGUUCUGAGGCAAUAACUUGGGUACUAUAUCCUGAACCACUCCCUAUUUCACCGAAACAAAUUUCAAGAUUUCGCCAACUUCAAGAUAAUAUUGAUGGCGCAUUGGUUGAUAAUUUUAGAGCUUUGCAACCAAUUGGUAAUCGCCGGAUUUUUGUUCGAGCUACCAACAUUCAUAACACACACGUUUCAAAGUUAGAAAAUGAAAUAAGUUACACAAAAUGGGAUUGGUUUUUUUAAACUCCCAAAAUAAUUGUAUUUCCAUAACUUAUCAAUAUUUUUAUUAGCUGCAACCUGUAUUGCAAUCUCUAUCUAUAAUUUCUAUUCUCAUUACUGUCCUAUUAGAUAUUAGACAGCAGAUUUAUUUCCAUAAAUUUGCACUCGUCUAAUGUAUUAUUUUAAUAUCAUAGAAAUAUAGUUAAAAACAAAGUAUUUGAAAUACACGUCAAUGACUUCA